AUGGGAGUGAUCUGGGUGUGUGUGGAGGAGAUGGAGCAGUGGGUGGCUGCGGAGAGAGACCUCACUCAGAGCUGGAAAACCUUCUUCUCAGUGAGUCACGGUCGUAAACAUGUAAAAUCAUUACAAACAUGAGAAAAAAGACGUCUGAGCUGACGGUACGAGCCGCUCGCUCCAACACAAACAGCAGAAAAAUGGAGCUCAAACCGCAGAUUCUGAUGCUUGAUUAAAUUCUAAUAUACAGUCGCAUGUUUACGAGCCGGAUCAGACUAUUAGCGCUCGCUUAGCUCAAACUUUUCCAUUAUUUGCGAGCCGCUCUUUAAAGAGCACACUGACAGGAAACAGGUUACAGCCUCCGAAUCAGCUCCAUACAAAGACGCUCAGUAUGUAGAGCAGAGUUUUACUGUGAGAAUUAAAACGCUGUUUAGAGACACUUUUUAUUCUCGACAUAGUUAAAUUUUAAGUUCUUCCCAGUGGAGCUCAUUGCCUUCGCAGAACCACCAAAAAACACUGAGUGGCUGUUAAAAAUAACUAGAGACAUAAAUGUUUGAAAUGCUGAAGAGUUCCUGCUGUAAAUGAAACAUAGGAGAUGAUGUACAGGCUGGCUAACAGCUCCACACAUAAACUUUCUUUAUUUUUGUGGUGCAAACACAUCAUUUAGGCAAAAUAGAAAAGGCUACCACCAUGUGCUGCGGUGUUGAGAAGACCCCGCCAAAGUAACCAAGAUUUCAUAGAGAUCUGAGUCCAGCUCUGUUUGCAGAUUCAUGGUGAAUUAUGUUCUGGUUGAGGUUCUGGUUCCCCCUGAUUUCAGAUUUAUGUAAUCAGGAUCAACGGUGGUCACACAAGUCAACAGUCAGUCUCCACUUCAACACCACAACAAUUUCAAGGCAGGGUUUAGAACAACUCUCCCCGCGGCGCCCCUCCUCGUUCCUCUCCACCCUUGUCGUCCUCUUCACCUGCAGCCGCUCUCUAAAUCCCCGACACUCUCCGUCUUUCCCUCUGUGGACUUUGUGGUUUGAGGUUUUGCCGCUCAGUGCCCGCUGAGCGUUCUUGGACGACCGUGGAUCCACAAAGCCUCGGGACCGCCUCGAGCCAUCGUCCCCGGCCACAGAACAGUAAACCUGGCAGGGAGUGAGACCAGACUGUGGUCAGGUCCUGCAGUCAGGACUCCCCUCUGUGUGGAGACAGAAAGACAGAGACACAAACAGUCUCUCAACUUUGAGAGACACUUUGAUUCAUCAAGGAUGAUGUUGGAGACAUUACCGCCUGUUUACCUGCUGCAGGAUGAAGAACUCGACUGCAGACCCUGA